AUUGCAUUCAUGGGCGCUGUUUGCACAGUAUCGCGUGUGGGUGAAGGCGAAGACACCGCUACGACUUACAAUGGAGUGCACACAAUGGCUCACGAGCUCGGGCACUUACUUGGGUCAGAACACGACAACAUCCAUAAGGAUCCUGAAUGCGCAUGGGCCGAGGGUUACUUGAUGAGCUAUGUGGACGGAGGAACGAAAAGAUUCCGGCUUUCUCCAUGCAGCGAGCAGAUGAUACGGGACAAUUUCAAGAAACUAAAACAGGAGUGCUUAGACGUGAAGGCUCAACACAACUACCAGAAAGACUACAGGAUGUUUCCUGGCCAAACAAUGCGCGAAAGGCAUUAUUGCAGGAAGAUGUUGAAAAAAGAAGGCCGACAGAAAGUGUUCGUGAUAAAGCCUCCGAACCUUACCAAGACAUGUAAAAUGCAAUGCUGCACCAUCCAAAUGGGACAUCAACACUGCCUCAAGACAAAAAUCCCUGAUGGAAUGGCGUGUAGCAAAAACAAGACAUGCAAAAGAGGUGUCUGUGGAGUCCACACAUGGGAACAAUUCAAAUGAAUUUUCCAAGUUUGCUCCUGUGCAGGCUACAUACUAACACAGCAGAAGCAGCCGUAUUCUUUGACAAUAAACAACUUGCAGGAA